AUGGUGUGGGCACUGACUUGUGUAGCCUUUGAACCUCUCCCAAGCCUCUGCGAAUGUCUCAUUGUUUCGCUGAAUGAAGUCUUUUGGAGCAUUCUGGAGCAUAUGGGACAUGAAGGAGCAUGGAGGGACUUGGCACAUGGAAGCAGCUCAACUGGAUACGCAAAGGAAGAAGGGAGAAGCCAUCUUGAAGACCAGCUCGACCGUCCACUCGACCAACCGGUCGAGUUCCUCAACUCGACCGGCCAAGCUUCAACUCGAUCGAGCUGGGGAGUCAAAGUCAAACCCGAAAAAUGUUGCUUCCCCCUUGACUUCCUUUGA